CAAUCGCAUAUGCCUUUUUUGUUCGGAUCCACGCAUGAUGAAUUCUGCCAUCUCCAUACAGGCGUGGAGAGAUCUGCGGAGAUCUGGCGGCAGCGGAUUGAUGAUAUCGCAAUGCGAAGCUUGCCUAUGGCGUCAGCGCUUCGCUCCCUGGCUUCUCCGAUCUUCGUUUUGCACAAUCUCAGAGCGCCAUCCAUCGACUCUGCUUCCAGACCGCCUUCCUUCCAGUCGUCCUUCCAUCCUAAACCCUCUUUCUCCUCAAGACAGCGCCUGCGUAUCUCUCCUUUCUCCUCUCCCUCCUCCGUGAAGUGGAGCUCGUUCAUGGCGGACGCCCCCAGGUUGCAAAGUCGAGUUUGUUUCAGUGCUGGAAUCAGUGGAAGAGAGAAUAAAGAGCUUUUGGUACAACAUCUACUUGUUGGUGAAGACAACCUUAAGCUUUUGCUGGAGCUCCAGCAGCGAAUUUCUGGAGGGGUGGAUUUAAGUGAUUUAGCUGUGGAGUACUCUUUGUGUCCCUCAAAGGAAAAUGGCGGGAUGCUUGGAUGGAUAAGAAAAGGGCAAACGGUGAAGUGUCAUUCUUCUGUUAUAUUCUUGGAUGUGGUGUUCAUAAUUCCUCGUCAAUAUUCUGAUGAAUGUUGUUAUCAACUAACUUUUCAGGUUCCUGAAUUUGAGGAAGCUGUAUUUAAUGCUCCUUUAAACAAAGUUGUGCGCUGUAAGACUAAAUAUGGAUGGCACCUUUUGCAAGUGCUUUCUGAGAGGGAAGAGUCAAUUCUGCAAGAUAUGGACCCUGAAGACCUUCAUUCAAAAAUGCAAGAUCCAGGAUUCUUUGAGGAAGCUCAGUUGAUAGAUGUUAGAGAACCCGAGGAAGUAGCUCAAGCUUCUCUGCCUGGCUUCAAGGUUCUUCCACUCCGCCAGUUCGGAACAUGGGGAUCAUUAAUAACUGAAGAGUUUGAUCCUCAAAAGGACACUUAUGUUCUGUGUCACCAUGGUGUGCGGUCUCUUCAAGUAGCCCAGUGGCUACAGACGCAGGGAUUCAAAAAGGUCUUCAAUGUAGCUGGAGGAAUUCAUGCUUAUUCUGUCAAAGCUGAUCCAUCAGUUCCGAAAUAUUAAGCGUUUUGGCCUAUAGCUUUUAGUAGCUCUUGUUGAAUGAAGAUCUUGUGUACGUAAAAGUAAUUUACGUUUGGGUUAUCUUUUUUCUUUCUUGUUACCAGUUUGAGUUUAAUAGGUCAUGUGAUAACAGUGCACAACAAUCACAAAGCAGUGACAAAAAACAUUUUCCAUAAAUAUUUUACUUCAUCA